AUGGGGUCACUUCAACCCGACCUUGGUCUCGAUUCAAAUGCCAACACUCCCAACGAUGAAUACCCCCGAUACUUCAGCUCCGGCGACGAGGCUGUCGUGCCUACCUCUCGCGACGACUCGGAUCCGUCACAAGAUGACAACGGCGAGCUGUGGCCUCGAGACCAGCAACAAAAGACGGCUACCUACGACUAUGCCUUUGAGAAGUCCAUGAGUCACGCAGAGGCAAAACUUUUCUAUCAACAUCACCAACAAUCGUCCAAGACGGGGUCUACAACCGGUGAGAACACCGCGCAAGGUGUCCCCGUCAGUCCUGUGCCCACAAGUAGCUCCAUCGUCGAGUCCAACGAAGGAGACCGCUCAUUCCACGGCGAUUUUGCUUCUCGCCCUCGAGGAAACUCCAUUAUGCAUGAAGCAGAGUGGUAUCCUUCUGCCUCUUCCCAGUCCGGUGGGGACGGUGCUCAGCCUAACAGUGCCCAACAGGCCGCUGAUUUCGCCGCUCGAAGCCAUGCCGCCACGUUCAGCCCCGCCCAGACUUCACACAUCGCCGCGGCUGAAGGCCUCCAAGGAAAUGGUCUCGGUAUUGGUGGUCUCCCCCAGGGUGCCAAUGGGUUCGCACCAAGUGGUGAUGUGGUGAGCUCCGAGUUGAGUUCGAUCUAUCGCAAGAUCAAGGGUCUCUUGGAUCGUCGAACCAAGUAUAUGGAAUUGUCGUUGCAACGACCUGGAGAUAAUCCUCGUGAUUCACCCGAUUGGGUUCUCUACCCACCACCUCCAGAGCCUGCCUGGGAUGAUGGUAAGGAGUACCAGCCAGGGACCGCUGGGGGCUCCUCGGAUUUGAACGAGAAGAAGAGAAAGAUGGGCGAGGAUAUCGGUGAAGAUUUCGAUUUCGAGGAGCAAUUGCCCUUCCCGGCCCAUCGGAUUGGACAUACCGUUUGGACCGGAGCAGUCUAUGAGUCGGAAGACGCGAAAGAGCCUGCCGUUCACAUCCCUUCACUGCGGGACUUCUACAUGGAUUUGGAUGCCGUGGUGGAUGUCUCGACGGAUGGGCCAGCUAAGAGUUUUGCCUUCAAGCGUCUCUCAUAUUUGGAAGGCAAAUACCAGCUAUACACCCUCUUGAAUGAAUAUCAAGAAGUCGCAGACAGCAAGAAAGUCCCCCAUCGUGACUUUUACAACGUCCGGAAGGUCGACACUCACGUUCACCACUCGGCGUGUAUGAACCAGAAGCAUCUGCUCCGUUUUAUCAAGAGCAAGAUGCGCAAAUCUCCCGAUGAGGUGGUUCUCUUCCGUGAUGGCAAGCAUUUGACUCUGCGGGAAGUCUUUGAAAGUAUCAACCUGACUGCUUACGAUCUCAGUAUUGAUACCUUGGAUAUGCACGCCCACACCGAUUCUUUCCAUCGCUUUGACAAGUUCAACCUGAAAUAUAACCCCGUCGGAGAAUCUCGUCUUCGUGAAAUCUUCUUGAAGACGGAUAACUACAUCAAGGGUCGAUACCUGGCUGAGAUCACCAAGGAAGUGAUUUCCGAUUUGGAGUCCAGCAAAUAUCAAAUGGUUGAAUGGCGCAUCUCUAUUUAUGGACGGUCUCCCGACGAGUGGGACAAGUUGGCUGCAUGGGUGGUGGACAAUAAACUGUUUUCCCCCAACGUCCGCUGGUUGAUCCAGGUGCCCCGUCUCUACGAUGUCUACAAGUCCAGCGGCAUGAUGGAAAACUUUGAACAAGUCAUUACCAAUGUUUUCCAACCACUCUUCGAGGUGACCAAGGAUCCAUCCAGCCACCCCAAACUGCACAUCUUUCUGCAGCGCGUCGUCGGAUUUGACAGUGUCGACGACGAAAGCAAGACAGAGCGCCGUUUCUACCGAAAGUAUCCCAUCCCGCGAGACUGGGAUACCAAACAGAAUCCCCCCUACAGCUACUGGCUGUACUUCAUGUUUGCCAACAUUGCAUCCCUCAACCAGUGGAGAAAGCGUCGCGGUUUCAAUACCUUCGUGCUCCGCCCACACUGCGGUGAAGCUGGUGACCCAGACCAUUUGGCUGUGGGCUUCCUUGCUUGUCACAGUAUCAGUCACGGCAUUUUACUUCGCAAGGUCCCUCUACUUCAGUAUCUUUACUACUUGCACCAGAUCGGCAUCGCCAUGUCUCCACUGAGUAACAAUGCCCUGUUUCUCACUUACGAUAAAAACCCCUGUGCCAGCUUCUUCAAGCGAGGACUGAAUGUCUCCCUGUCAACCGAUGACCCUCUCCAAUUCGCAUUUACUAAGGAACCCCUGAUCGAGGAAUAUUCGGUCGCCGCUCAAAUCUACAAAUUCAGCGCUGUCGACAUGUGCGAACUUGCGAAGCACUCUGUCGACCAGAGUGGAUUCGAGAUUACUUUGAAGAAGAGGUGGCUUGGUGAUGAUUGCAGUCAGCCCGGUGUGCGCGGUAAUAAUGUUGCGAAGAGUAACGUUCCCGAUAUUCGCGAGGCGUUCAGGAAUGAUACUCUCGCCGCUGAGUUGUCCCUUGUUGAACGGUAUGCUGAGGGUUCUGGUGUUGAUGAGCGCAGUGCCUUGGCCCCGGGUUUGUUGCAUACAGCUCAGCAAGCGUCUGUCAAGCCCGCUAAUGCUAAGUCUUGA